GCAUCGGUCGCUUCGAAGAUCGACACCAGUGGAAGUUUCUUCCGGUCCCAGAGAGAUCGCGGAGGGGAGGAGGAUGACGGGAGGGCGCGCGGUGCUCCUGCUGCCGCUGCUGGUGAUCUCGGCGCUGUUCGCGCAGAUCAGCGCGUCGGAUCCGCUGUUCCACGAGUCCUUCGACGAGAGCUUCGACGGGAGCUGGAUCGUGUCCGGCAAGGAUGAGUACAAAGGUGCAUGGAAGCACUCGAAGAGUGAUGGCCAUGAAGACUAUGGCCUCCUUGUUAGUGAGCCAGCCAGGAAAUAUGCCAUAAUCAAAGAGCUUGAUUACCCUGUUACUUUGAAGGACAAGACAGUUGUCCUGCAGUUUGAAGUGAGGCUUCAGAAUGGCCUUGAGUGUGGAGGUGCUUAUAUCAAGUACAUCCGUCCUCAGGCUGUGGGAUGGAACGCCAAGGACUUUGACAAUGAUACUCCAUACACAAUUAUGUUUGGUCCUGACAAGUGCGGUUCAACAAACAAGGUUCACUUCAUCCUGAAGCACAAGAACCCUAAGACUGGCAAAUAUGUUGAACAUCACCUCAAGUCCCCGCCCUCUGUCCCAUAUGACAAGCUCUCUCAUGUCUACACGGCUAUCUUGAAGCCGGAUAACGAGGUCAGAAUUUUGGUUGAUGGGGUGGAGAAGAGCAAAGCAAACUUCCUGUCUGCUGAUGAUUUUGAGCCAGCACUUAUUCCAUCAAAGACUAUUCCUGAUCCCGACGACAAGAAGCCAGAGGACUGGGAUGAGAGAGCUAAAAUCCCUGAUCCAGAUGCCGUGAAGCCUGAUGACUGGGAUGAGGAUGCCCCAAUGGAAAUUGUGGAUGAGGAGGCCACCAAGCCUGAAGGAUGGUUGGAUGAUGAGCCUGAGGAAAUUGAUGAUCCAGAGGCUGCUAAGCCUGAGGACUGGGAUGAUGAGGAGGAUGGCGAAUGGGAGGCACCGAAGAUGGACAACCCCAAGUGCGAAGAGGCACCUGGAUGUGGUGAAUGGAAGAAGCCAAUGAAGGAUAACCCUGCCUACAAGGGCAAGUGGCAUGCACCCCUGAUUGACAACCCCAACUACAAGGGAAUCUGGAAGCCCCAAGAAAUCCCCAACCCUGAGUACUUUGAGCUUGACAAGCCUGACUUUGACCCAAUUGCUGCUAUUGGAAUUGAGAUCUGGACAAUGCAGGAUGGCAUCCUGUUUGACAACAUUCUUAUUGCCGAUAAUGAGAAGGUAGCCACCUCUGUCCUGGAGAAGACAUGGAAGCCCAAGUUUGAUGUUGAGAAGGAAAAGCAGAAGGCUGAGGAGGCUGCAGCAGGUGCAUCAGAGGGCCUUUCUGAGUUCCAGAAGAAGAUCUUCGACAUUUUGUACAAGGUCGCAGACAUCCCGUUCUUGGAACCAUACAAGACCAAGAUCAUUGAAGUGAUUGAGAAGGGAGAGACGCAGCCGAACAUUACAAUUUCGAUUCUGGCCUCCGUCGUUGUCGUCAUUGUGACUGUACUCUUCAGAACCUUGUUUGGUGGCAAGAAGCCAGUGGCACCUGUGAAGCCCGCUGCUGAGACCAAGAAGCCCAGUGCUGUUGUUCCUGAUGCCACCGCUGGAAGCAGCGGCGACAAGGAGGAGAAAGAGGACGACAAGGAUGCGCCACGCCGAAGGUCGCGAAGAGACGCAUAAACUAACUCUUGGUGCCUUCGCAUUUUGAAGGACUCGGCUCUAGCCUUUUUGAGAACGCCUCGAGUGUAUAAUCGAACCCUCUGCUGCUAGUAGCAACCUCUAGUUUUUAAGUCGCUAGAAAUUUACGAGCCGGCGAAGCUCGUGUUGAUCGGUUGUUUGUGUGCUGUUCUGAAUCAGCUAGAAGAGACUGUUUUAUUUUUCCUUUUCUUUUGUUUUAUAUCAGAUGAAACAUGAAGCUUGUGUUUGGUUGUU